AUGCUCGCUCCCCUUCUUGCUCUCCUCGCAAUCCCCGCCACCUUUGCGGGCUACGCCUGCACCGACACCACCAAGGCCAUGGUCAGCCUCAAGGGACCCGGCCCCGGCAACGGCACCGUCUACUUUACUCAGCAGGCUGGCAGUGACGAGGUUCACAUCACUGGCGAGCUCAACGCCUUCACCCCCGGUAAGCACGGUUUCCACAUCCACACGUCCGGCGACAUCUACACGGACGGCUGCGCGUCGACUGGCGGUCACUACAACCCCUUCAACCGCACGCACGGCGCACCGACCGACCGCAUCCGCCACGUUGGUGACCUCGGGAACGUUGAGGUCGACGACAGCGGCCACGCCAAGAUUGACUUUACCGACCGCGUUAUUACUCUUUGUGGGCGCCGCACCAUCCUUGGGCGCGGUGUCGUCGUCCACUCGGGUGCGGAUGACCUCGGUCGCGGCGGGUUUGCGGACUCGAAGACGACCGGGCACGCUGGCAACCGCACCGCCUGUGGUGUCAUUGCCACUGUCGACGCCACCAAGUAA